AUGAUGGCAGGAAAACUCAUAGUUUUCUUGUUCCAUCUCGCAGUCGCACUUUCACUAACUUCACACUCAUCAUCCCUCAACUUUACUGUCGACGACCCGAUUGAUUCUGAUGGAGUUGAAGACUUACUUCAUGGAUCGAUGAUGGUAGGAAAAUUCAUUGCUUUCUUGUUCCUCGCACUUGCACUGACUUCACACUUAUCAUUCAACAACUUUAGUGUCGACGGAGUUGAAGACUUACUUCAUGGAUCGAUAAUGGCAGGAAAAUUCAUAAUUUUCUUGUUCCUUCUCGCAGUCGCACUUCUACCGACUUCACUCUCAUCAUUCGACAACUUUAGUGUCGACGGAGUUGAAGACUUACUUCAUGGAUCGAUGAUGGUAGGAAAAUUCAUUGUUUUCUUGUUCCUCGCACUUGCACCGACUUCACACUUAUCAUUCCACAACUUUAGUGUCGACGGAGUUGAAGACUUACUUCGUGGAUCAAUAAUGGCAGGAAAAUUCAUAAUUUUCUUGUUCCUUCUCAGAGUCGAACUUCUACUGACUUCACACUCAUCAUUCUACAACUUUAGUGUCGACGUUACUAUUGAUUCUGGUGUUCUUGGGGCGAUAUUAAUUUGUAUGACAAGUUGUAAGUUGCCCAAGCGACUUCAAGACAUGUAUGAUGAGGAUGAUUUCAAAAAGGAUAUUGAUAUUUCAGAUUGUGACUAUUCUUUACCAACACAGCAACAAACUUUUAAUGGUGUCUUUAGCGAGGAUGUUGUUACCUUUUCUGACCUUCAAUCUACAGAGAACCCAAUCCCAAUGGUGGAGGAGUAUGGUCUGCUUUCCAAGAACAGAAAGUUGGACGGAUUUUUGGGACGGGAAUGUAAUUCUGCUUCAUCAACAAUAGAUCAUAAGUCUAGUGGUGAACAGCAGUUAGCAAUGGAGAAUGUAAAAUCAAACCAAUCAAAAGCUGCAAGGGCAAAUUCUCAUGAUGAAUGUGCAAAAGAUGAGAUGAUGAACAUAAAUGAGAACUCAAAAAAUGAGGAUGUUGAUAUUCAGGAUGAAAAUGUUGGUGGAACUGUCUCCCUUGCUUCAUGUUUAUCCAAACAAGGAGACAAGGAUUUUGCUACGUGGCCACGGGACCCACAUAGGAAUGUUGAAUACCAAAUCUCCAUCUCCCAGUUCCAAUCAAAUGACAUUAUUCAGAGGCGAGUUGAUGAUGACAUGCUGGUUGGUUUUCUAAAAAGGAAAAAUUCAUUGCAUGAGCAUGAGCUUCAAGCUAUUGAGGAUAAACAAGUCCUUAGAACUGGGCAUCUCUGCUUCUUACAAUCCAAAAGAAGCAAUAAAGAUGGAAAAAAGAAGCCAUUAAUUUCCUAUGAUAUUGAUGCUUCUCAAGUUACAAGGGCCAGGUCUUGGGGUUCUAUGAAAGAAUGUCCACUUGGUGCUACUGCUAACCACAAAGAAGACGGAAUGGAAGUCAAUGGGAAGGAUGAUGAUUUGAAGACACCACUUCUAAAUCCCUCUGAUGUUGUUGCAAUUGAUAGUAAAUCAAUCCAUAGUGUCAAUCAAGGGAUUAAAACCAUUACAUUCAAAAUAGGUGGAAUAGAAUAUGCAUCAUGUUCAUCAUCCAAUGAGUCUUUACUUGUGGAUCUCAAUGGUGUGUCACCACUUCAAGGCCAGGGUGUAGUUUCAGAACAUGUUGAUGUAGAAGCAAUCAAAGAAACUAUUGAAGAUGCAGGCUUUGAAGUCAAAGAAUUUUCAAACUUUGAAGUAAAUUCUAAAAAGAUGUUGGAUCCUGUCACCAUGUGCCCUAGGGAAUCAGAUGGUUUAGCCUUAAACCAAUCUUCUGAGUGUUGUAUUCUUGUUAAACCUAAGCAACUGAAGUUUCAUGAAACGGAUGGAUGCAAUUCAAAUAAAGGUAGUAGUCUGCUUUCCAGGAUUAGAGAACUGUUGGGCAGUCCCUCAAUGAAUAUGGAUUAUGCUUCAUUAAAAGAUGAUAAAACCAGUGAGCAGCAGUUGAAGUCUGCAAUGAUACGUUCUCAUGAGGAUUUUGAUGUGUGUACAAGUACAGAGACGAUGAAUAUCGAUUUGGACUUGGAUCUGAAUCCAUUGAUGGAGGAGAGUCUACUUCCCAAGAAUAGAAAACUCGAUGGAUUUUUAGGACAGGAAUGUAAUUCUGCUUCAACAAUAGUAGAUCAUAAAUCCAGUGAGAAGCAAUUACCAAUGGAGAAUGUAGAAUCAAAUAAAUCGAAAGUUGCAAUGACACGUUCUCAAGACAACUUUGAUGAGUGUGCAAAAGACGAGAUGAUGGACAUGGAUGAGUACAGAAUGGUGGAGGAUGUUGAGCACAACCCUUAG